AUCCAUGCACUUGCGGUUAGAGCGGAGUUUUGUGUAACUUUAUACGCUUUUAGUAAGACUCGAGGAGCAGCUUCACAGACGGACACGGAGACCCGCUGGUCCACAGAGGAGACAGACAGGAGGCCGGUUUGACGAUGGCGGACAAAUCGCACUGUUUGUACUGUCGGGAGGAUCUUGGGGGAAAGAGGUAUGUCUGCAAUGAGGGGAAGAUGGUGUGCGUCCGCUGCCACACCAAGUUCUGCGCCAACACCUGCGCAGAGUGCCAUCGACCCAUCAGCGUAGAGUCAAAGGAGCUGACCCAUAAGGGCCGACAUUGGCAUGAGGAGUGUUUCCGUUGUGCAAAGUGCUACAAGCCUCUGGCCAAAGAGCCUUUCAGCACCAAGGAUGACCGCAUCAUGUGUGGAAAGUGCUGCUCCAGAGAGGACGCCCCACGCUGCCACGGCUGCUACAAACCCAUCCUGCCUGGCACAGAGAGUGUGGAGUAUAAAGGGAACUCGUGGCACGACGAAUGCUUCACCUGUUGCAGCUGUAAACGUCCAAUAGGAUCGCAGAGUUUCCUCUCUAAAGGAACCGACACUUACUGCAGCCCAUGCUACGACAAGAAGUUUGCCAAACAGUGCUUCGGCUGCAAAAAGCCUAUAACCUCUGGAGGGGUGAACUACCAGAACCAGCCAUGGCACAGCCACUGUUUUGUGUGCAGCUCCUGCUCAAAGCCUCUGGCAGGAACCAGUUUCACCAACCACCAGGAUCAGGUCUUCUGUGUCGACUGCUACAAGACCUGUGUGGCAAAGAAAUGUAGCGGCUGCCAAAACCCCAUCACAGGUUUUGGCAAAGGCGUGAACGUUGUGAACUACGAAGGUGGCUCCUGGCAUGAGUAUUGCUUCAACUGUAAGAGAUGUUCGCUCAGUCUGUCCAACAAGCGGUUUGUGGCCAACGGACGAGACAUCCUUUGUCCUGACUGCGCCAACAAGUAAUGACGAGGAAUCUACUCGGCAUCUCACUCCAUGGUUUUUUUUAUGCCAAAUCUUUUUCUUCUUAUAUAUGUGUGAGAUCAGACUAACUGAUGGGAACAAAAUGUUUGUAUCCACCGAUUGUUUGCCUGGGUGCAGCAUAAACGUACAUAAUCAUAGAUUUCAAGCUUCAGCCUGACAGUGAGAGAAGUUUGCAAAGUGAAUAGUUGUGUAAGACAAUGCUCUGCAGCUGCUUUGAUGGAUUAUAUUUUUUACAAUGUAUGAUUACUUGUUUUAUAGCAUAGACGUCUGUCCAUCUCGUGAGAUGGUGG